GACAGGUCACAUGACAUGAGCAGUGUGAGGGCACAGCCAAUACAAACGUUAACAGAGCAACUUAAAGCACUGAUGCCAGAAAGCAGUUAUGUGAGAAAACAGCCAAAUGAUACCAAAACACGCCAACUCUUCAAUCAAGCAAUUAUUUUUAUUUGAUGAGGAGGUGGUGGGGUGGGGAGACUUCCUUCUAAACUGUUUGAGCAAACAGGGAAAACAUGGCAUAGGAAUAAAGCACUGAACUGAAAAGAUCUCCAGUAAGAGUUAUGCAAGAGUCCCAUGACCAUUUCAAUGACCACAUCCCUGACCAUGGCCGCUACCCUGACCGCUUCCCUGACCGCUCCCCUGACCAUAGCCACUUCCCUGUCCAUAACCGCUUCCCUGACCGCUCCCCUGACCAUAGCCACUUCCCUGUCCAUAACCGCUUCCCUGACCGCUCCCCUGACCAUAGCCACUUCCCUGUCCAUGCCCGCUCCCCUGUCCAUGGCCAAUUCCCUGACCACUUCCCUGGCCCUGGCCCUGACCCUGGCCGCUUCCCUGGCCCUGUCCGCUUCCCUGGCCCUGGCCCUGACCCUGUCCGCUUCCCUGGCCCUGUCCGCUUCCCUGGCCCUGGCUCUGCCCGCUUCCCUGGCCCUGGCCGCUGCCCUGGCCCUGUCCGCUUCCCUGGCCCUGACCCUAUCCGCUUCCCUGGCCCUGACCCUGUCCGCUUCCCUCGACCAUUUUUCCCAAAAUAA